UAAUGCUUCAAGUCCUGAGUAAAAGAACUCCAGAAAACAGCUCUGUCCAGCAGUGUGCAUCAUUUCACUCAUCAGCAGCACGAAGAGGCCUCGAGGAGUUCUUUGAUGACCCAAAGAAUUGGGGAGAGAAGACGGUAAAGUCUGGCGAUGCAUGGACUAUUUAUCAGCUGAGAGGAAAAAGCAGUGAAGAUCUACACAAACUUUGGUAUGUGUUACUGAAAGAGAAGAACAUGCUGCUGACUUUAGAGCAGGAGUCCAAGCGGCAGAGAGUUGCUAUGCCCAGUUCUAAUCGGCUCUACAAGGUAACUAAGUCCAUGGAGAACCUUGACAAGGUAGUUACAGAAAGGGAGACUGCCCUUCGUCUCCUGCAGACUGGUCAGGCAAAGGGACGUCCAGGAGAAUGGAGGAAGGACUGCUUUGGGGAAACAACAUGGCACAGAUUUAAGGAAUGGCCAAUUCCUUGGCACAUGAAUAAAAAUCAUAUGCGAAAGACGUUUUUUGCACUGCCAUAUGUGGAUCAUUAUGACAGGUUGAAAUUAGAAAAGCAGCUGCGAUCUGAAGCAAGAAAAAGAGAUACAGCCAAAAAGAAACAACGUGAUCUGGAAAGGCGCUUCCCACAUAUAGCUAAAAAGUCUGGGAGUUAAAUGUUGUAAUACUUGUUAAUAAAAUAGAAUGUUCACUGUUUGUACCUACA